AUGUUCUCCGCUCUGUUGAAUGAGGGUUGUAAGUUCCUAGAACAAACAACAGUUGGUCAGUGUGUUUGUAAAAUAGUGUGUGUGUGUGUGUGUCCCUUUCUCUCCCAACAGAAAAGGCUGCAGUUUGUCAGUAUUUUUGGGGCAGGCCUGCUCUGUGGUACUGCUCUAGCUAUCAUCCUACCAGAGGGGGUGGAACUACUGGAAGAGUCAUGGAGAGUGUCCUCCUGCUCUGUGGGCCCAGUAGCAGCCAAUAAGAAUGCCAGUGACGGUGGGGUCGGAGGUCAGCUCCAGGAGAUGGGCCCCUCCUCUAAAGGUCUCCCAGCACGGUUCUUCAUCGGGGUCUCCCUGGUUCUAGGGUUCAUCCUCAUAUUCCUGGUUGAUCAGAUCAGUAGCUACUGCUCCAUACAUGAUCAACGUACUGGAACAUCCAACAGGACCACUAUCACAGCUACAGUAGGACUGGUCAUCCAUGCUGCUGCUGACGGUGUAGUUUUAGGUGUUGCCGUGGUUUCCUCCAAGGUCACAGUUCUACUGGUGGUCUUUCUUGCUGUCAUUCUGCACAAGGCUCCUGCAGCGUUUGGCCUUGCCACCUUUCUGUUGCGAGCAGGUUUAGAGAAGAGGCAGAUUCAGAAGCAUCUAUUGGUGUUCUCUGCUGCAGCACCUGUACUCUCCAUCAUUACAUAUUUUAUCCUGAACGCGAAUGGAGGUUCAGCCCAACAUCGUCUGAGCGCUACAGGUGUUGGGAUGCUGUUCUCAGCCGGAACGUUCCUCUAUGUUGCUACGGUUCAUGUACUACCAGAGGUCAGCUCCAGGGGGCAGCAGCAGAGCUUUGUAAAUGUAAUCUCUGGGACCAGGCACCUCCACGGGACUGGGACUGGGCAGCUGCAGAGCUCUCCCCACUUCCACGGGACUGGGACCGGGCACCUCUACGGGACUGGGACCGGGCACCUCCACAGGACUGGGACUGGGCAGCAGCAGAGCUCUCCCCACCUCCACGGGACUGGGACCGGGCACCUCCACGAGACUGGGACUGGGACCGGGCACCUCCACGGGACUGGGACUGGGCAGCAGCAGAGCUCUCCCUACCUCCACGGGACUGGGACUGGGCAGCAGCAGAGCUCUACCCACCUCCACGGGACUGGGACUGGGCAGCAGGGGGACCUGGGGGUCCUGGAGAGCCUCACGCUGAUACUAGGAGCAGGACUACCUGUGUUACUGGCCCUGGGACUCCAUGAUGACUAGUCUUGUGAAUCGACGCUAUCCUACCAAGUUUCCUUCGUCACUCAAAGGAACAUUGGGAAUGAAUGUGAAGGAAGCCUGAAAAUCGAGACUACACUACGACUGACAAGUUAACGCAAAGAAAGACACCACAUGACACCAAGCACACAUUCUUACAUAGAGAUCAUUGAGGGUGUUUCCGUGCCAGAUGUAGUGUGUAUCAGUGUCUUUCUCUGAAAGGGUUUGGGUUUGAACGUACAAAACGUAGGAACAGAGUGUUUGUGUGUGUGUUUGUGUGUGUGUUUUGUGUGUGUUUGUGUGUGUGUUUGUGUGUGUGUUUGUGUGUG